AGUGAUCAGUGGUUCAUUCCGUAAAAGUUUUCUUCUCUUUUCGCAGUUUGCUUUUAUUGAGGCAAAAUUGUUGCAAAAUUGCUUUGAUCAGCAAGCGCGCGCGGUUGAUAUUUGGGAACCCGAUUAUCUCUACGUUGGCUAUGGCGAAAUUGAUUCUCUGGCCCUCCUCGUCUCUUUUUUUUUGCUCAGUGUGUUUGUCGUCAAGUCGAGUUGAACGAAUUGACGUGAUGAUUUGCAACUGAGAAAAUGUCAUCGCGAGGAAGCAAACGAGCUUGCGUCGUCGUCCUCGGGGACAUCGGCCGAAGCCCUCGCAUGCAGUACCACUCGUUGUCCCUGGCCAAGGAGGGCAUCAACGUCGACCUCGUCGGCUACCAAGGGUCGGUGCCCAUCAAAGAGCUGACCCAGAACUCGUCCAUCCAACUCCACUUCAUACAACCUUGCCCUAAUUUCAGAAAAUAUUUGCCUGGUUUGUGUGCCUACGUCCUGAAGGCUCUCUGGCAGGCUGUCACCCUGUUGCUGGCCCUCAUCUGGGUGCGACUGAGUGAAGGUCGAUGCUCCCACCUACUGAUGCAGAACCCUCCGUCGGUGCCAACUCUCGGGGUGUGCUGGAUCUUCUGCCGAAUUGUCAACCCCAAGUGUCGAUUCAUCAUCGACUGGCACAACUACGGAUACUCGGUCAUGGCAGCUGCGGCUCUUUCCAAUAAAAAAGAGGAAAUGACAGAGAAGAACCUCCCCAUCCUGCCGAAAAUUACAUACUGGUUGGAGGGGUGGUUCGGACAGCGAGCCGACGCUGGCCUCUGCGUCACCAGGGCCAUGAAGGAGGAUCUUUUGGAAAGAUGGGGUGUUCGGGUAAUCACUUUAUAUGAUCGACCGCCAAUGCAUUUCCAGCCUAUUGCAAAACCAGUGGAUGUUCUGGCAGAAUUGUCCCAGCAUUACAGUGACCUUGGCACUGCUUUGAAUGUCCAAGAUGACCGGCCUGUUGCAAUUUUAGUGUCCAGUACGAGCUGGACGGAGGACGAAGACUUUAAUAUUCUCUUGGACGCGCUCCAGGAGUACGAAGAUGCACGAAGCCAAGAUCCUGACUCGUACCCAUUUUUGGUCUGCGCCAUCACAGGCAAAGGGCCUUUGAAGGAAUUUUACAAAGCAGCAAUUGCCAAAAAGGAGUGGAUUAAUGUCAAGGUUGUCACUCCUUGGCUGCAAGCGGAGGAUUACCCAAAACUUUUGGGCUGUGCAAAUUUGGGUGUCAGUCUGCACACUUCGACCAGCGGGCUCGACCUGCCAAUGAAAGUGGUCGACAUGUUCGGCUGUGGACUUCCUGUUCUGGCUUACGACUUUAAAUGCUUGGGAGAACUUGUUAAAGAGGGGAAGACUGGUAAGGUGUUCACGGAUUCAUCCGAAUUGGCGAAACAACUGCUCGACUGGCUGAGAGGAUUUCCCAGUGACCUGAAGCAGCAGCAGUUGCACAAAUCAUUCCGAGAUAAUAUCAAAAAGUGGGCACAACUGCGCUGGGACCAAAACUGGAAGACUUCGGCUGCUCCGAUUUUUACUUACGAUGAUUGAUAUUUGAAUUUAAAUAAUUGCUGGGAUUUUGUCAAAUGUUGUUAUUAUAUUUUCACAAUAUACAGAAUAAUUAAGAAUUCAAUAUUUCAUUUGUCUCGAA